AAAGAAUUUCAGAAUUUGUCUUUGGAUGAAAUAAGACAUAUUAUACAAGAAGAAAGAGAAGAACUUAAGAAAGAUUAUAAUGAAUUAGAAGAAAGAAGAAAAUUAAUUAAACAAUAUCAAAGAUUACAAAAAGCUAGAGAGAAAGUUAGAAAAGGAAUUGAUAUAGUAAAAGAAAGGAAAAAGAAAAAAGCUCCCGUCAAAACGACGGGUCCUUCUUUAAAGAAAAAGAUAAAGACAUUUGAAGAGUAUUUUGAGGAAUGUAUUAAAAAUAGACAAAUUCCACCUGAUACUCCUGAUUAUAUACGUGAAGCUCUUGAGAGAGCAAUGAUAGAAUAUGACCAAGGUAUUAUUAAAGAAAAAUCAGCUCUAGAAGAUUUUGCUAACAAAUAUGUUAUUAAAGGAGAACCUGGAUUUACUGUAGAUGAGCUUUUUAGGGAUAAAAUGGAAACUUUAAAGAAUUUCCUAGUAUAUCAUCAAAAUAUAAAAUUUAAGAUGAUUUUAGUUUGUUUAAUGGAAAAACAGUUAAUCGAGAAAGAUAAGGGUGUUGUAGCAUUAGAAGAACAUAAAGCGUACUAUCCUUCAGCUACGUUUAAAAAUAUAAAAUCAUCAGAUAUUGACAAAAAUUUAGAUUCAUGUACUGACACUAUUAAUGGAUUAAUUGAAGCAUACCAACAACAAGGAAGUGCGUGGUAUUUUAAAGAAGUAGUUCAACUUGAAAUUCAUACUGUUGAGUUUAAUCCAGCGAAAGGUUCAUCUUAUAUCAAACUUCCAGAUUGGAUAUCAAACAAAAAAGCAAUUGUUAAUAUACAAAACAAAGAUGAGAAAUGCUUUCUUUGGUGUAUACUUAGAUAUCUUUAUCCAAGAGAAAGAGAUGAACAAAGAUUAAAAGAUUUAGAGAAGUAUGAAAAUUCUCUUAACACUAAAGGAAUUACUUUUCCUAUGAAAUUAAAAGAUAUUUCAAAAUUUGAAAAACUUAAUCCAGAAAUUCCAGGAAUUAAUGUUUUUUCAGCUGAUGAUAAUUGUAUUUUUUAUCCUUUGAGAAUGGCAGAGAGAGAUUGUUUAAAUACCAUAGAUUUAUUUUUAUACGAAGAAGAUGGUGUUUCACAUUACACACUAAUCAAAAAUUUUAAUAGGUUAAUUAAUUCUCAAAAAACUAAAAGUCAUAAUGGUCAAAUAUUUAUUUGCAAAAGGUGUUUUACACAUUACACUAAAGAAGAAUUAUUACAAAAACAUAUUACAUAUUGUUCAAAUAAUGAAACAGUUUCUGUAAAAAUGCCAGAAGAAGGUACAAUGCUAUAUUUCAAAAAUUAUCACAAACAACUUCCAGUGCCUUUUGUAGUUUAUGCAGAUUUUGAAUGCUUUACUAAACCAAUGAAUACAUGUAGUCCUAAUCCAGAAAAAUCUUAUAGUUUCAACUAUCAAAAGCAUGAACCAUCAGGAUUUUGUUACUACAUUAAAGGAAUAGUUCCUAAUAAAUCAUUUAAACCAGUUAUUUACACAAAGACUAAUGAUAGUGAUAACGUAGCAUUAACAUUUGUUAACAAACUUGCAGAAGUAGCAAAAGGUAUAUAUAAUGAUUUUUAUCAUCGUCCAAAACCACUUAUACUAACACGAGUUGAACAAAAAUCAUUUGAUAAAGCGGAAAUUUGUCAUAUUUGUAGUAAAGAAUUAAAAGAAGAUAAAGUAAGAGAUCAUUGUCAUUUUACAGGAAAGUAUCGUGGAGCAGCACAUAACAAAUGUAAUCUUAUGUGUCGUAAACCAAAAAUACUACCAUUUAUACUUCACAAUCUUCAAGGUUAUGAUGCUCAUUUGUUUAUAAAACAACUUGCUAGUUUACCAGGUGAACUCAACUGUAUACCAUCUACGGAAGAAAAGUAUAUUUCAUUUUCAAAAUAUAUUAAGGUUGGUGAAUACAAAGAUUUAUCAGGUUUUAUAAAACCAAUAAAUUUUGAAAAAAUAUUUAUAGAUUCAUUCAAGUUUCUUCAAACAUCACUUGCCAAUCUUGUUUCAAAUUUACAACCAGAUGAUUUUCAUAAUACAAAACAAGUAUUUAAGAAAAAUGUAAACCUACUAACUCGUAAGGGAGUUUAUCCUUAUGAUUUUGUUUCAUCACUCGAAAAACUAUCCGAAACACGCUUACCUCCAAAAGAGGAAUUCUAUUCAAAGCUAAAUGAUGAAGAAAUAAGUGAUGAUGAUUACCAACACUCUAUUAAUGUUUGGAACACUUUUAAAUGUAAAUCAAUAAGAGAUUAUCACGAUCUUUACCUAAAGUCUGACGUUCUACUACUAGCGGAUGUAUUUGAAAACUUUAGAGCAACUUGUCUCAAACAUUACAACCUAGAUCCAGCACAUUAUUACACAUCUCCCGGACUAGCUNAUUCAAGUUUCUUCAAACAUCACUUGCCAAUCUUGUUUCAAAUUUACAACCAGAUGAUUUUCAUAAUACAAAACAAGUAUUUAAGAAAAAUGUAAACCUACUAACUCGUAAGGGAGUUUAUCCUUAUGAUUUUGUUUCAUCACUCGAAAAACUAUCCGAAACACGCUUACCUCCAAAAGAGGAAUUCUAUUCAAAGCUAAAUGAUGAAGAAAUAAGUGAUGAUGAUUACCAACACUCUAUUAAUGUUUGGAACACUUUUAAAUGUAAAUCAAUAAGAGAUUAUCACGAUCUUUACCUAAAGUCUGACGUUCUACUACUAGCGGAUGUAUUUGAAAACUUUAGAGCAACUUGUCUCAAACAUUACAACCUAGAUCCAGCACAUUAUUACACAUCUCCCGGACUAGCUUGGGAUGCAUGUCUCAAAGAGACAGGUCAGCAUUUACAGUUAUUACAUGAUUACGAUAAGUUAAUGAUGUUUGAGAGAGGUAUUCGUGGAGGUAUAUCCCAUAUAUCAAAAAGAUAUGCAGAAGCAAAUAACAAAUAUAUGAAAGAUUAUAAUCCUGAUAAAGAGUCUACUUAUAUUCAAUAUCUUGAUGCAAAUAAUCUAUAUGGUUCGGCAAUGUCACAACAACUACCAACACAUGGUUUCAGUUGGAUGAAAAAUAUAACAAUAGAAAAAGUAAUGGAUAUUAUGGAGAAAGCAAAUCAUAGUAUGUCAAAUCGUGGUAAAAAAGGAUAUAUAUUUGAAGUUGAUUUGGAAUAUCCAUCCAAACUAUGGAAAUCACAUAAUGACUAUCCACUUGCACCAGAAAAGAUGAUUGUUAAUGGAGUAGAAAAACUUAUAUGUCAUUUUAAACCAAGAAAAAACUAUGUUGUACAUUAUCGAAAUCUUAGACAAUAUCUUGAGAUGGGAAUGAGGCUUACUGCUGUUCACAGAGGAAUAUCAUUUUACCAAUCUUCUUGGAUGGAGCCAUAUAUAAGAAAAAAUACAAAACUUCGAAAAACAGCAGCUAACAGUUUUGAAAAAGACUUUUUCAAACUAAUGAAUAAUAGUGUUUUUGGAAAGAUAAUAGAAAACAUAAGGAAAAGACAGAAUAUAAUUCUUAUUGAUGAUCGUAAAAAAGCUGCUAAACUUACAAGUAAACCAAACUUUGAUAGAGCAACAAUAUUUGAUCAUAAUCUUAUUGCAGUUCAUAUGAAGCGUACAGAAGUGUAUUUUAACAAACCAGUAUAUGUUGGUCAAGCAAUACUUGAUUUGUCAAAAACAUUAAUGUUUGAUUUUCAUUACAAUUAUAUCAAAAAGAAAUAUCAAAAAAAAGCUGAAUUAAUGUUUACAGAUACUGAUUCACUUUUAUACCAAAUUCAUACAGAUGAUUUUUAUCGUGAUAUUUCUCGUGAUAUUUUAGCUAAGUUUGACACUUCUGAUUAUCCUCCUGAUCAUCCGUCUGGUAUACCAACAGGAGUAAACAAAAAAGUAAUAGGAAUGUUUAAAGAUGAAGUAGGAGGUAGACAGAUUACUCAUUUUAUUGGUCUUCGUCCAAAGCUUUGCACUUUCAAGAUAGAGGAUGGUAGUCUAACCAAAAAGUGUAAAGGUGUAAAGAAGAAUGUUGUAAAAAAGGGAAUAGAUUUUGAACAUUAUUUUGAGCGUUUAUUUACUGGUGAAAAGCAAAUGAGAACUAUGAAAAUUAUAAGAAGUGAAAAUCAUGAUAUAUAUUCAAAAGAAGUAAAUAAAAUAGCACUGAGUAGUGAAGAUGAUAAGCGGAAGGUCUUUGAGGAUAGAGUAAAAACCAUAGCUUUAAGGUAAUAAAAUAUAAAAUAAUAAAUGUCAUAUACAGAAGAUCAAAUAAAAAAAUAUCUAGAAAUAUUACAUAAUUAUAAUAAAAAAAUAGUAGAUGAUGUGAUUAGAAAAGUUAUAUGUAGUAAUUGCCAAAACGAUAGUUUUUGUGUUGAAUUAGGUUAUAAUAUUUGCGAUUCCUGUGGAACAACUAAUGGCCAUGUAUUAGGUUAUUUUGACUUGAAAGAAUACGAUCGAUUUCAUUUUCGAAAAAAGAGUAUUUAUCAGAGAAAGUAUCACUAUGAAAAAAAGGUUGAUCAAGUUUCAAAAAGACUACAUCUAACUGAUGAUGAAAAGUACGAAUUAUAUAGUAAACUAAUGAAUAUAGAUAACCAUGUAAUGGAA